AUGCACAUGUACCAGCGACGGCAGCCGAGCAAAACGAGACUGGCCACAGUAACGGUGACACAUCGCUUGCUUGUGAGUCAACUGAACCGACUGAACCGAACCGAACCGUUGGUACCGGUAAUCGUCGAAAGAAACGCAAUCGAUAUGGUUCAGAUCUAUGGUCCGACCGGUUUACCUCUGAGCGAUGAGGGACAUGAGGCUGCUGUAGGUUUCGGACCUGGUUCUUGCGGUUUAGGAUCGAUGUUCAAAUCACGUGAUUAA